CAGGUGGACCUGCAGACUCCAGGAGAAUGGCAUCUAUUGGAGACUUUGACCCUGUACACACCAGCGUGCCAGCCACUAAGAUCGAGAUCACAGUAUCAUGCAGGAAUCUACUGGACAUGGAUACAUUCUCCAAGUCUGAUCCAGUGGUCGUCUUAUACAUCCAGGGGGUUGGGAACAAAGAAUGGACCGAGUUUGGCCGGACAGAGGUUAUCGACAACACCCUGAAUCCAGAUUUUGUCCGCAAGUUCGUGCUGGAUUAUUUCUUUGAAGAGAAGCAGAAUUUAAGGUUUGACGUGUUCAAUGUGGACUCCCGAAGCUGCAAUAUAUCAAAACACAAAGACUUUCUGGGUCAGACCUUUUGCACUCUUGGAGAAGUCAUUGGGUCGCAGAGGAGCCGACUGGAGAAGCCGCUCACGGGGAUUCCAGGAAAGAAAUGUGGGAACAUAAUCUUAUCUGCCGAAGAGCUCAGCAACUGUCGGGACAUCGUCACUCUGCAGCUGUGCGCUAAUAAGUUGGACAAGAAAGAUUUCUUCGGGAAGUCAGACCCUUUCCUCGUAUUCUACCGCAGUAAUGAGGACGGCACGUUCACAAUUUGCCACAAAACAGAAGUGGUGAAGAACACGUUGAACCCAGUAUGGCAGCCAUUCACUAUCCCUGUGCGAGCGCUGUGCAACGGUGACUAUGACAGGACGGUGAAAGUGGACGUGUAUGACUGGGACAGGGGAGGAAGCCAUGACUUCAUCGGGGAAUUUACCACGAGUUACAGAGAGUUAUCCAGAGGACAGAGUCAGUUCAGUGUCUAUGAGGUAUUAAAUCCGAAAAAGAAGUGCAAAAAGAAGAAAUACAUCAACUCCGGAACGGUGACACUUCUGUCCUUCAAAGCCGAAUCUGAAUAUACUUUUGUGGAUUACAUCAAAGGAGGGACGCAAUUAAACUUCACAGUAGCCAUCGAUUUUACAGCUUCGAACGGUAACCCCUCACAGCCGACCUCCCUCCACUACAUGAAUCCCUACCAGCUGAACGCAUACGGCAUGGCAUUGAAAGCUGUCGGAGAGAUUAUCCAGGACUAUGACAGUGACAAAUUCUUCCCAGCUUAUGGCUUUGGUGCCAAGAUCCCACCAGAUGGCAAGAUUUCCCAUGAGUUCCCACUGAAUGGCGACCUGGAAAAUCCAAACUGCGUGGGGAUUCAGGGCGUGCUGGAGGCGUACUUUAAAAGUCUGCGGACGGUUCAGCUUUACGGUCCAACCAAUUUUGCACCAGUUAUUAAUCAGGUUGCCAGUGCUGCAGGUCAAGUGACGGAUGGAUCUCAGUAUUAUGUCCUCCUGAUCAUCACCGACGGAGUCAUCUCUGAUAUGGCACAGACCAAAGAGGCCGUUGUCAAUGCGUCAUCAUUACCAUUGUCCAUUAUUAUAGUAGGAGUCGGACCCGCAGAGUUCGAUGCAAUGGAAGAACUGGAUGGAGAUGAGGUCCGCGUUUCCUCCAGAGGCCGAUUGGCAGAAAGAGACAUAGUGCAGUUUGUGCCAUUUCGCGACUACGUGGACCGUUCUGGAAACCAAAUUCUCAGCAUGGCCCGGCUUGCCAAGGAUGUUUUAGCCGAGAUCCCAGAGCAGUUCCUCUCCUACAUGAAAUCUCGUGAGAUCAAGCCCCGUCCACUGCCGCCUUCCGCACCCAUUCAGAACCUGCCCUCGCACAUCUGA